UUAUGAGUUUCCUUCAUAACUCGGUUUGAGCAGAGUACGUAGCACCUCUCCUAUGCGGGCAUUUAUUUUUUCGUCGCUAAAUCAGUUCACGUUUUAUUUGUCAUAUCAGUAUAUAUUGAGAGAUUUCGUUAACUGAGACGGACGGCAGACACAUUGCCCAGCAAAGCAUUAUGCUAGGCUAUUAAAAAAAAAAAACUUUCUAUGGUUUCUGAGUGGUAGUCUAUACCACAUGCAGUUCGCUUCAGUGGAGCGUUUUAAUUUCACGGGAUAUAUAAAAUAUAUUUUGUUUAACCUACUGAGUGUGUAUGUGAUUGUGCUGGUCUGUACCUAUGACAGACGUUUAAGUUAUUAUUUAGGUGCGUCUAUAAAGUAAAGACGGCAAGCAAUUGCCGUUGAACUUGAUUUGGUAACUUAUUGUUGGCUCAAGUUGCUAUCAGAAUGACCGAGGACAAUGUCACAAGUAAAAGCAUUGAAAUCGUCAAAGAUCAACUGUAUUUCGCCAUACUGCAGCAGAAGAUUAAAAGCACAGCUGACAGACAUUUCUUCUGCAUAGACGAAGAGCUGUCAUAUGAGAACUUCUAUGCAGACUUUGGCCCGCUCAACCUGGCCAUGUUCUAUCGCUUUUGUUGCAAACUCACUAAAAAGCUCAAGUCAUUCACACUAGCAAAGAAGAAGAUAGUCUUCUAUACCUGUGGAGAUAAUAAGAAACAAGCCAAUGCUGCCUAUCUUAUUGGUUCAUAUGCAGUGAUGCAUUUGCAGAAGACGCCAGAGGAAGCCUACAGUCUACUGGUGUCCAGGAACUCUACCUACCUGUCCUUCAGAGAUGCCUCUUUUGGAACUUGUAUGUACAAUCUGAACAUUCUAGACUGCCUGCGCGCCAUAUACAAGGCUCUGCAGUUUGGCUGGCUUGAUUUCUCCCAGUUUGAUGUGGAGGAAUACGAGCAUUAUGAGAGAGCAGAAAAUGGAGAUUUCAACUGGAUUAUUCCUGGGAAGUUCCUAGCGUUCAGCGGCCCUCAUCCAAAAAGCAAAAUAGAGAACGGUUACCCUCUCCAUGCCCCCGAGGCCUACUUUCCUUAUUUCAGGAAACACAACAUCACAGCCAUCGUCCGUCUCAACAAGAAGAUGUACGAUGCCAAGCGCUUCACUGACAUGGGCUUCGAGCACCACGACCUCUUCUUCGUGGACGGAAGCACGCCAAAUGACGCCAUCGUCAGAAAGUUCCUCAACAUCUGUGAGAAUGCAGAUGGAGCUAUCGCUGUUCACUGCAAAGCGGGUCUGGGUCGAACAGGCACUCUGAUAGGCUGUUACAUGAUGAAGCACUACCGCCUGACUGCGUCUGAGGCCAUUGCCUGGAUGAGGAUCUGCCGGCCAGGAUCAGUCAUCGGACCACAACAAAACUUUGUGGAAGAUAAGCAGAUCAGCUUGUGGUCGGAGGGAGAUGUUUUCCGGGAGAAGAUGAACGAGCAGGAGAACGGCAAGCUGGCCGUCACCAGAAUCCUGUCGGGGGUUGAUGACAUCACUAUCAACGGCAGCAACAAAAGCAGGAUGUCCAAAAAGGAAGAGGCAGAACUGUAUAGUGACGAUGAGGAGAGGAAUGGCAUCACCCAGGGUGAUAAACUGCGAGCCCUGAAGAGCAAGAGGCAGGCGAGAACAACCACAGGUUCCCUUUCACAAGAAGAGAACAAGAUUCACACCAGGUCCUCAUCACAGUCUUUAAGGAUUCUCCUGCAGUCUAGUGGGCCUGAUGCCUCAGACAAUAGGAAGAGAACCAGAACCUCGCUGCCUGCCAACAGUGUGGGGGGCAGCUCCCUGUGCAGCUCCAGACUAGCCAGGUCUCUAGGCAGCAUGCAUGUAGUGGCCAGCGACAGAGAGCCUGUGUGCUGUGAGUCCAGUGGCUGCCAUAGAGACACAGCCACCAACGCAGGCAGCACAGGCAACCUGCCCAACCUAAACAUGCUGCAGGCCCCUCAGAAGACGCACUGUGUCCAGAGGACGGAAAACUCGAUGUUCUUUACAAUCAAUGCGCUUUACGAGACUAUGUCACUCCAUACCCAAAGCUAGAGCUCCUCUACUGCGCUGAGCCUGAGGUUCUGGAAUUCUAAGGGAGUACAGUCUACCUGCUGCUCCUGCAAAUGGAGAUUUUUGUUUUCAUUUCUUAAGAGGGACUGGGUUUAUUUUACUUGAACCAGUCCAGUCAAUUGCUGAUUUUAAGGGAUGUUGAUGAGGAAAUGUGAUGUCUCAGUUUUUCUUCCCAUUCAAUCAGAUGUAAACCAUGUUCAGUUAGUUUGGAAUUAAUUUGCCAUCCCUUUUUAUUACUAUAUAUAUGUAUAUAUUUCACUGUUUCUAUCAUGAAACAAAACUGUGUCCUGGCCAUAAGUAGUGGGAAUAGUGCCAUUUCAAAUGUAACUGCCAAAAUAAAGGAAACCUUAAGUAACUUAGGGAUUCAAAGUAUAUUGAAAGGGGGCAGCUAGCUUCAGUUUGCUUCACAUUCCAGCUCACAGGCUGACUACAAUGCUUGCGUCGCAAAAUAAAUGUAGAAAUCUAUAUUAUUCAAUUAUUGCACCCACACUGCUCACGAGCAUCUGCGUUGCCAUGGGCUAAAAUAGAAGUCAGUUCUAUUUGUGACGCAGAUCGCGCUGCAAGUCCUGCCUCUCCCAUCUCCUCUCUCCUGAUUGGUUUAUAGAAGCAGGUACCCACGUACCAUCUAAUUGGUUAUACCCACGUGACUGGAAGGCGAACGAGGUCAGUGCCGUUAAUGCACCUAAUUUAUGAACGUUGCCAAUUGCAAUAUAAAGUCAAAAAAAGCCUAGGAGGAGAGAUGACUAGAAACGAUUCAGUUGACCGUUUUGUGUGGAUUAAUUGUUGGAGGAGUGGACCUUGUGCAUUUCAGGUAAAAUAACAACUCAAUGUUUAUAGCCCAGGAUAAAUUAGCUAGCUAAAUAGGACAAAUUAGCUAGCAAGCUAAAUUGCCAUAAAUGUUUAAUGCUUUUGACCUGUCCCCAAAUUUUAUGUAAUUGGUUCAGAGUGUUUUGAUAUUUUAACCUGUGUGUCGUGAUCGCGUUUGGUGUAGGGGGACAAAAUACAUUUAUGCACGAUGGCGCAGGCGCGCAUCCGGUUUGGGUUCCGUGUUAGCCGUGCAGUAGCGUGCGUGGGUAAAUUCACUGAGGAAGCCAAGCCAGAUUACAACCUAUGUUGUGAUAAUUGUGUUUGCUUUUAACAUAUUCGUUCACUAGAAAUUUCAUGAAAUAAAUGAUUAUAUAUUUUUUUGGGGCCAAACAUUUGGGGACGCCUGGCAUUCAUGAAAUAUAAAGGUGCUGACGCAAUGUUUGUGAGGGAGGGAAUCUAUUUCAUUGGUCCUAAACUUGAGGCUCAGACACUUGAAGUAUUAGUGGAGUUAGUUCUGAGUCAUUCAUUGCAGCAUAAAGUACCUGGCUAAAAGAUGAGCCACUUCUGGUUAUCCCGAGUUGAAAGUUACCUCGUUAACUCCUCAAACCAGGCACGUAGUAUACGCCUCAGGUUUGAGUUAAUUAGGCAAUUUAAAUACCUAGUGAUUUUGAAAGAGGGGUCUCAGCGGGUGUGCGUGUCUGUCACCAGGUCCACUCUUGUAGAAUCUAUGCCCAGGCACAUUGACACCAUUUGGGUGGCCCUAUAAAACACUUGAGGUUCCUUUAUUUUGGAAGUUACCAGUACAUAAGCGUUGCCUGCUUGUUUACGUCGAAUGUUGCCACAGCAAUCCCGAACUGUCAGACUAACGGUCUUAUUUUCUUGUUGACAAAGGUCCGUCAGCGCUAGGCACCGCUCAGAUUUAACCUUUAAUGAGAAGUUGUGAAAAUCCUAGCUCAAGUCAAUUCUUGUUGAAGAGGGCUGUCUAGUCUAGGGGGUAUCUUUCUGAAUGUUGCAUAUAGAAAUGUAACUACAAUGCCACCCUGAAUAUCUGAUUUGCCUGCAUUUCUAUGCCCUUUUACCCAGUGAAGCGUUUCAUCUGUAUUUUUGUUGAGAUGCUGUACUUAACUGUAAAUAAGUCAUUUGAUACCCUGAAAACAUUUGAUUUGUACUUUGUAAAUAUUUUUGUACGUGAACCAUACAGAAGUAUUACAGAAAAAUAAGUCCUAAAGGGACACCUCAUUUGUGACUCAUGCACAUGGAGUAUACCAGCUUUGAAAUAAAAUCCCACCACUUGUA